CCACGUCUUCACAAGCAGAACACUUGUCUCCCUCUGCCCCUUUGCUCUGCUUAUAAAGCUUUGCAUGGAACUAAUUAAACCAAAGUACAUUCUAGUGGUCACCAGAAAGGAGCAAAUAGAGAAGCAGACAGAGGUUUUUGUUGCAAAAGCAAUGGCCAAGAGCAAAGAUGAUGUAAGUUUUGGGACAGCUCAAGCAAGACUAUCUGAAGAUGAUGCUCUUAGAAUAAGGUACAAAGCAGGCACUCCUCUUGAAGGUGGAAAAAUUGCUGACUCUCAACCUGUGGAUCUUUUUCCCAGUGCUCAUAGUAUUGAGAAUCAACAAGGCAAGAUUGCUGAUUCUCAACCCGUUGAACUCUCCUCAAGUGCACAAAAUAUUGCAGCAGCAAAACAAAAAGAAGAAAAACAUCAAGAUCCCGUUGUUUAUGAGGAUGAGAAUAUGGAUAAAAAUCUGCCGCCGGCAGCUGCAACCCUCAUGUUUGAUAGCAACAAGGCUGACAAUUUGACAACAAAUCCUCCUUGAGUUGGAACUAAACCUCAUCACUCAUCAUCAGCUUUGAAGUUCUGUUUGUUUUGCAUAUGUUUGGAAAUUAUCUUUGGAUCCUUCCGUACUGUUGCUAAUAAUAAAAAAAACUUUAUUUAGCUGCUA